AACAUUUUGAUUAAAAUUGUUAAUUGUUACACUCUUGUUUUAAUUGUUCUAAUUUUGAUUUAGUGUUUUUUUUUGGUUUUUUAACAUGGAUAAUCUUCUGUCGGCUUUGGCAAUGAAAGAACGUAAAAGGUAUAGAUUGGAGCUGGAAAAGAAUUUACUGGAAAAUGAUAAUCGGGAACUUGUUGGUAACAUUACGGUUAAAGAAGCGGAACUUAAAUCAAUCCAAGAAAAAAUUAAUGAGAGUUUAGCAAUUAGAGGAAAUGCAAUUACCGAGGCUAUAGAUGCUCAUAAGCAACGACUUAAUAAAUGUAAAGAAGAAUUAAAUUUAAUCUCUUCAACAAUCAAGAAAUAUCAAGAAGUAGCCACUUCCACUAUUGAGGAUUCUGUUGAUUUGGAUAAAGAAAUUAUUUACAAAGAAAAUGAUUUGAUUAAAACAAUUACCCAAAUAUUGGAAGAAGACACUGAACCUUAUGAACCCGCCGAAAAAUGGUUGAAAGAUGAACAUGAGCUAAAAAAGAAAGCUAAGGAAAUGAUUCAAAGUGAUAAUAAAUUUUUGGCCGAUCGGGUUAUGUUCUGGCGAAAUAUGAAUAAAAGGCUAACAAAAAUUUCACUUCCAAGAGCUGAGUUAACAAGCUCUCAAUCAACAGUUGAUUUAGACGAAGCUGAUUUAGUCAAUUUACAUAAUCUCCUACCCGAGGAAUAA